AUGGCGGAGGGUCUUUUCGUUUUCUAUCGCGAUCGCAUCCGACCCAGCGUAAGCGAAAUAUCCUUUAUCAACUGGCACUACAUCUACUUCUGUGCCACGUGUCUGCUGGCCAGUAUCAUCUUCUGGGGCUCUUCCACUCCCGAUCAGUCCGUGUCAUAUAUUGACAGUCUGUUCUUAUGCAUCUCGGCCAUGACCGAAGCCGGAUUGAAUACCGUCAAUCUCUCGCAACUCAAUACAUGGCAGCAGGUCAUGUUGUUCUUGCUCAUCAUCAUCGGCUCGGCAAUCUUUGUCUCUGGCGCCAUUCUGCAUAUCCGAAAGCGUACCUUCGAGAAGAAACUCACGGAGUUGGCUGAGAAACGCCAGGAACGACUGCAAAAACGUCGCAGCCUCGGUCGAGCCCUGACACUCUCCUUCUCCAGACGAAAGCCAGGCGGGCCGGGUGAUCGCGAAGCUGCUGUCGCAUCUGGAGCAGUCCGUGGGCGUCCGAUCCAGGACCGUCCUGAAGAUGAAGAAUACAAAACCUCUUUCCGUGGGUCUGAACGCAAUCAAUCGCCGUCUACAGAGCCCACAGGCCUGACUCAUACCGCAAAUGGCGCAAGUUCAGCUCCUGAAGGUGACCAGAAUGGCCAUAUUCGAUUCCUGGAACAUCUUCCUGCCGUCGAGCAUACUCCCAUCAGACCUCGUCCCCUCAGACGUCAUCGAACAAGUUUCUUUGAGGGACGUGGUGUCGGUGCUCAAGGGUUACAAAAUCAUCCACGCCAUUCUCGACCGGUUGAUUACAACGGCCCGGAAGAUGACUCCGCCAUUGAAGAUGAACCCGUGGACUAUCACCCCCAUGUAUCCAAAAUCGACAAAUAUCUUGACACAGUCAAUGGGUACCUGGGCCGAAACAGUCAAUUUUAUCACCUGAACGAGCGGGAACGAAAGAAGCUGGGUGGUAUCGAGUACGAUGCCAUCUGCUUGCUCUCUUGGAUCGUGCCAUUAUAUUUCAUCCUCUUCCAGCUUCUAGGUGCUCUGGGUAUCGGUGCAUGGAUCAAGGUCAAUCGCCCUAGCGUGACUUUGGAGAACGGACUCGACCCAUUCUGGACUGGAGCCUUUUUCGCUAUAUCUGCUUUCAACAAUUCUGGAAUGGCUCUAUUGGAUGCAAACGCAACAGCUUUUCAGACCAACUACUAUGUUCUCCUCACGCUCAGUCUGCUCAUUUUGGCAGGGAAUACAUGUUUCCCCCCAUUCUUGAGAUUGAUCUUGUGGACCAUGAAGAAGCUGAUCCCGAAGAACUCGAGCUCUCCGUCAUGGUCCCUCCGUCGACGAACGCUAGAGUUCUGCCUCGAUCAUCCUCGAAGAGUCUACACGAACCUGUUUCCGAGCGCGGAGACUUGGUGGCUGGUCUUCUCGCUCUUCAUGUUGAAUGGACUUGAUUGGAUAGCAUUUGAACUUCUCAACCUGGGUAAUCCCACCAUCGACGCGAUUCCCGCUCAAUUCCGCGUCCUAGAUGGGCUAUUCCAAGCGUUCGCCGUCAGAAGUGGCGGGUUUUAUGUCGUUGCCAUAUCCAGUUUGAGAUCCGGUCUCUUGGUGCUUUAUGUGUUGAUGAUGUACAUCUCGGCGUUCCCCAUCACCAUGACGAUCCGAAACACCAAUGUCUACGAAGAACGCUCCUUAGGAAUUUAUGCCGACGACGGCUUGUCUCAACCGGAAGGCCCGGCCCUGGACCCCAGCGCCGCCCCAGAGGAGGAAAAAGGAAAAGACCCACGGCGGCAUAAAUUUUUCUCCGGCCUCAGACGCACCUUGACUGUGGUGACACAUGGUCCAGUUCCCCCCGCCGAGUCCAGAUCUCUGGGUGGUUUCACACGUCAGGACUUCAUCCGCCAACAACUCCGAGGCCAAUUGGGACAUGAUCUUUGGUGGAUUGCAUUAGCCAUUUUCUUGAUAACAGCAAUCGAAACCGGACAAUUCGAACGGGAGCCGGUUGUCUUUUCGACCUUCAACAUCAUCUUCGAGACCGUUUCCGCUUACGGAUGUGUUGGCAUCUCCAUGGGCGUGCCGUGGAACGCCUAUUCUUUCUGUGGCGCAUGGCACACCGUGAGCAAACUCGUCUUGUGCGCUGUGAUGCUACGAGGCCGGCAUCGAGGUUUGCCUGUUAGUAUUGACCGAGCGAUUCUGUUACCGGACGAGAGUCUUGCAUGGGCCGAAGAGGAAGAUGCUCACAAACGAAGUGAGACAUUUGCCACCGCGCUGUCUAGAAUGGGGACAAGAGAUGUUUCGGCUCUGCCCAGGUCUCGCAGCCGCACCAGCCUAAGUGGUCCGGGUCCAAGUGUUGGUGGUCAACGGAACUUGGAAGACAUGGUGUGA